AUGGAAUCCGCCAUCCGCUGGUCCCCGACCUCCUCGGCAUCUGAACAACGCUUCCUAUCAGUCGACGUCACAGGUAAAGCAUUUCGGCUUUGUAAAGUCACUGGCUUUGAUGGCAAAACCAUUCGCCACGAAGUGAUCUCUACCUUGACCAAUGUACCUGGGUUUCGCGCGUUUGACUGGUCUACUUCCAACGAGAACCUGAUUGCUGUGGGUCAGUCGUCUGGAGAGGCCACCAUCCUACGCCUCGGUGGUGAUGACAAGGCGUCUCUCUCAUUCCCAGUGCGAAAUCAGCGAUACUGCAACGCCGUUGCAUUCAGUGCACAUGGUCUUGUGGCAUCGGGUCUCGACCGCGUCCGAAACGACUUUUGCUUGAACAUUUGGGAUGUGAACCAAAGACUUAGUCCUGCCGGUGGCAGUAAAGGUUUCCCUGAGCCAUUGAGGAAGCUCGCCAGCUCCGAGCCUAUAACCAGCAUCAAAUUCUUUCGGGACCAGCCGGAUACGAUCGUGACUGGUGUCAAAGGUCAAUUUGUUCGGAUAUAUGAUCUAAGAGAGGGACCUGGGAAUCCAUCGUUGCAAUUCCCCACGCGAUGUGUUCAUAAUCUAGCUAUAGACUGGCUUGAUGAGAACUACAUUGCGUCUUGCAUUCCUUCAAAUGAAAGUACCAUCUGCGUGUGGGACCGUCGCAUCGGAUCGCGAUUAGCAUCACCGUCAAUGGGAUCUUCUGCCAACGUUCCAGAUUCUGGUCAUGCCACACCCGCUUUGGAGCUUCGGAAUGUAUUCCAUCCCAAGUCUUCCAUAUGGAGCUUGCGCUUCUCCAGGACCAACCGAGGCAGCCUCGCUGCGCUCUCCAGCAGCGGUCACUUCAAGCACUACGACAUUGCUAAAGACUAUUUACCUGAGGAAUACCGCUCCUCGAUUGACGAGACACUCGGCCAAGGCUCAUCCAGGAGUUACCCGGAAUCGGUAUACACCAAGCGCGUGCGGGACGUAUGUGUACCUUUUGAUCAUCCGACUCAUGGUUGCAAAGAGAAAGACCGAAUCGUUUCGUUCGAUUCCCUGAAUAUCAGCUUGUCUCCACAGCCCAGUGCUAUCGCACUGGACGGAAAUGGACAGCCACAGAUAAUCACCGUCCGCGCACCGUGCAACCCGAUUGAUCUGUCUUCACAGAGUGUACUGGCGUGUGGUAUCUCUUCGAACGAUUCAGAUCUGCGCUCGAUUCAUCCAUUGUCUGACCAUAUCUCGCCCAUUUCAGACCUGAUUGGAAACAUCAAGUCACGCGUUUGCUCAAGUUCGCGAGAGCAUGGCGCACACUCUAACGGUCAACUAUUCGUGUCGAAAAUACCGGAGUCUGAGCCUGUCCCUAGUCAUGAGAACCGUGAACGCGUCAUGGCUCUGGGCACGACGGGCAUGCCGCUCACCGCGAAAGAAGCCCUCACUCUGUCCGCAGUAAACCAGUCUCGGUGCAAAGAGGGAUACCUAUUUAACGAGGCUCUGAACCGGAGGAUCGCAUCUGACGAUCAAGCUCUGCAAGACUUUUGGAGCUGGGUUGAACGUGCUCGGUCCGACUCUUCAGGGACGUCAAUGGUUGUCAACGGCCUGGAUUUGAAUUAUUUAGGCGUCAAGAAUGUCUGGAACAAUGACUUAGGGAGUGGCUUUGAGCAGCGUCGUAUCGGCGCUAAGACCGAUGAUGCGAAAACAGCUGCGGCUGCAAUUGUAACUUUAGCAGAGCAGUUGAACCUCCCCAAGACAAAGGGCUGUGACACGGCUUACCAAGGUCAUCGUCAACUCUGCCUCCGUCUCUGCGGCGCAACACAAUCCUAUCGUGAGCUGGAGGAGUCAGUGAAGGCUUUAUCUGGGGACAACCAGCACACCAAAGCUGCUGCAUUAGCCGUUUUCCAAGACGAACCCAAGCUGGCUUAUCUUGCACUUCGAAGCAAUGAACCCACCCAAGCUCAUAAGUUGUUGGCAAUGGCCAUCGCCGGUGCCUCCAAGGGAGACAACGGUACAGAUUGGGAGGAAACUUGUGCCGAAAUUGCCAAAGAGCUCACCGAUCCAUACGCCCGCGCGAUUCUAGCCCUUGUGAGCAAAGGUGACUGGAAUUCAGUCAUUAGUGAAGCCACACUGCCUCUGAAAUACCGGGUGGAGGUCGCACUGCGUUGGCUCCCCGAUGAUGAACUCACUGAGUAUCUGAAAGAGGCUACAAAUACAGCAACACACCAAGGUGAUAUUGAAGGAGUGGUGCUGACAGGACUGGGCCAUCUCGCCAUGGGCCUGUUCCAGUCAUACAUUGGGAAGUACAACGAUGUCCAAACUCCCGUUCUAGCUAUGAGUCAUACCGUCCCGCGGCUCGUCAGCAACCCGAAACACGUUGCCCAGUUCGAGGCCUGGCGCGAGACCUACCGGCUCCAGAUGAACUCAUGGAAACUUCAGCUCGAGCGGGCACGGUUCGACGUGGGCUCUCGUCGUUUCGCUGUCACUGCAGACGGUCGCAAACUCAUGCCGCCGCCACCACAGCAAGUCAGCCUUACCUGCAAUUACUGUACGAGCCCGCUUACCCAGCAUGACUCCUCAUCCGAAAUAUCCCCGUCUACCAAGACUGCCGAAACCGUUCAUUCCACCAACGGCAAUCCGCUGGCGCCGACAGUCAUGUCUGGAACCGUUUGCCCACGCUGUGGUCGACAUAUGCCCCGUUGCGGCGUCUGCACUCUGUGGCUGGGCUCGCCAGACCCAAUGUCCCGCGCCAGUAUUGCUGCUGAUGUAGAGGCGGGUACUCGCAAGCUCACCGGUGCUGAUGUUAUGCGGCGGUUCGUGGUGUUUUGUAUUCAUUGCAAUCAUGGGUUCCAUGCUCAUCAUGCGACUGAAUGGUUCAAACGACAUAAGGUCUGUCCUGUCGCAGAGUGCAACUGUAUCUGUGAUCGGUGA